UCCUUCUCAACCACCACUGCCUUCCUACACCAACACACCAUGGCUUCCAACAUCCCCAAUGUCGUGAACAAGCCUGCACCUGCGACGCCAUACUUCACGCCGGCACAGGUGCCUCCUUCGGGUACGGCUGUUGACCCGCAACCAGAUGGAAAACCUAUUCCGACGCUAUUCAAACCUCUCAAGAUUAGGGGCCUUGAAUUCCAGAACCGUAUAUUUCUUUCGCCUCUAUGCCAAUACUCUGCCGAGGAUGGCGUCCUCACUCCGUGGCAUUUGGCUCAUCUUGGAGGCAUCUUCACGCGCGGUCCUGGCUUGACUAUCAUAGAAGCCACAGCCGUCGUCCCUCAAGGCCGCAUCACGCCUGAAGAUUCCGGUCUCUGGAAUGAAGCUCAGGAGGAGCCUCUCCGUCAGAUCGUUCAAUUCGCACACUCGCAGAGCCAGAAGAUCGCCAUCCAGCUCGCCCAUGCUGGUCGCAAGGCUUCCACUGUGGCGCCGUGGUUGGACAUGGGUCUAGCGGCUACUGCGACAGCUGGUGGCUGGCCCGACGACGUCUGGGCUCCCUCUGCUAUCGCUCACAACGACAAGUUCGCUGUUCCCAAGGAGUUGACGAAGGAAGGCAUCAAGAACAUCGUGGCCGCAUUCGUAGCUGCCGCGAAGAGAGCGUUGAAAGUCGGGUUUGAUGUCAUCGAGAUCCAUAAUGCCCAUGGAUAUUUGCUUCACGAGUUCCUGAGUCCGAUCAGCAACAAGCGCACGGACGAGUACGGAGGGAGUUUCGAGAACAGGAUCAGGUUGACCCUUGAGAUCGUCGAUGCUGUCCGUGCCACCAUCCCCGCUGAGAUGCCUCUCUUCCUCCGCAUCUCCGCCACCGACUGGCUCGAAGAAGUCUUCCCCAACGAACCCUCCUGGACCGUCUCCGACACCGUCCGCCUCGCCGGCAUCCUCGCAGACCACGGCGUCGACUUCCUCGAUGUCUCCUCAGGCGGAAACCACCCCGCGCAAAAGAUCAACGGUAAGGGCCAGUAUCAGGCUCCAUUUGCUGAGGCAGUGAAGAAGGAGCAUGGGGAUAAGAUAUUGGUGGGCAGCGUGGGCAUGAUUACGACUGGGAAGAUAGCUCAGGAGAUCUUGGACAAGGGACAGGCGGAUGCGGUCCUUGUUGGGAGGGCGUUCCAGAAGAAUCCGGGCCUCGUCUGGGCGUUUGCGGACGAUCUGGAUGUCAAAGUGCGUUCGGCUAGGCAGAUCGAAUGGGGAUUCAUGGGUAGAGCGAUUGGAAAGCCGAAGGCAUGAGUUUAUGCUUAGACGCUUAGACGACCUUUGAUGGCGGUUUCGGGACUAUCAUAAGUGGUGUGGAAGGAAAUGAAUAGAUGACGAAGUAUACUUCAGGUUGUAGCUCUUUAGAUCUUGUAUCAGACAUUCUAUCUUUAUCCAUGUUGGUCUUAU